GCUACAUACCACGGCACGGCGGCGCGUCGCGCGCAAACGGAGCCGACUGCCGACGUUCCAACAACUGUCACGCUACAACAACGAUCGCACGCGCGCAAUCGCCUACGGAGCAGCCAUUCAUGGGGUCCCACAUAUCUCAUUGCCGAUGACUGCUUGAACGCAUCUCGGUACGAAUUGCGAUGCGCGGUGGAUCGCGCUGCGAACACAAUUACGGACGACGCGACGGCGUCGACGGCGUGUGUGGUGAAAGCCCUCGGUGAAUUCCUCCUGGCGAUCGGCAGAGGUGGUGGUGCGUGUACGCGUUCGAUCGCUUUCGGUGUGACCAUGGCAUCGCGUGUCUGACACCAUUGGCCGUCGACGGCAAGACCGCGCCGAGGAUCCCUCACCAGUCACAGACCUGCCAGACUCGGUUGCUGCUCGCCGGUUGCUGGCUCAACCAACGAUCCUCUUCCUGUUUGCUUGAGAUCUCGGUCGUUGCUGGAAACAGCCGCAGCAGCAAUUUGCUCCGAAUUGCGAUUAUGCGUUCGCGAACAACGCCACCGAGCCUGUGGUGAUCAACCGUUAUCUAAACGGUUCACUCAUUUGCCGAUAAGCCGUAAUUGGGAAGCCGUAAUUUCGAGAGGACAAUUGCGCGAACAUGGCGCUGGCAAAGAUCAGAAAUUUUAUCGACAACAGUCUGAAGACGGUGUCUACGCCGUUGGAUCGUACGGUGAAUCUGGAACCAGAAAUCGGCAUUAAGAUUAUGCACUCGCCAAACGACAAGACACUAAACGUCACAGUUCUCGGUGCCAGACACUUGCCACAGAACUUCGGCUUCACCAGAGUCAAUAGCUACGUUGUAAAGGUGAAGCUGAUUCCUGGAAAAGACAAGUUCGAAACCACUUCAAGGAAUGAAUCCUGGCCACAGUGGAACGAAGAAUUCGUUUUUCCCUUGCGCAAAGAAACCAAGCAAAAGUUUGGCAAAUCAAAAGUUGUGGAAGAGGAAAUUAAUGGAUCUAGAUUUAUCGUAGCGACUCUUUACGCAAUUCUUGAGGAUAAACCUUUGAUAGCAACUGAAAAGAAAGAGUCAGAGAAAACGUCGCCUACUAAAGAAGCAUCGAAGAAAGGUGGAAAAAAGAAGGAAGGUCAAAGUACUUCUUCCGAUAAUCAGGAUUCUACCAAAAAUAAACUCUUUAGCCAGUUCUUUGGUAAAAAUUCCGACAAGCUCGCAGAAUCUACAGCUACAGAGAGAAGAGCCUACGACAAGAGACGAACUGUUGGCGCGACGACAAUUCCACUUGAUCCAAAGAACUUUGUUUGCAAACCACCAAAAUCGAAACAUACCAGUGACGUAUCCACAGGAGAUCUAUGGAAACCAUUACGACCGAUCGCCAGUGGUAUCUCAGGUGCCGAUGAAAGAAAAGAGAACAAAAAAGGCCAAGUCGAAUUGUCUUUAUGUCUAUCGAAGGGCGAGAAAGAUGAAGACAGUGGCGGGCAAUUGAUAUUGUCUCUAAACCGUCUGAGAUGUUCGCUUCAGACGAUGCAUGAGCAUGAAGGUUUAAAAGGACAAAUGUAUCUGAAGAUGUCGGUUGUCGACAGUGGUCGAAUAACACACUUUUGGAAGAGCGAUCGAUUUACACCAACGGUGUCCAUGAAAUUCUCACCUGAGACGGCGAGAGUUGUCGCCGACAAUCCGUACAAAGGAGCGCUCAAUGACGUGAGCUUCGUUGUAAAGUUCGUUUCGAAGAAUAAAAUGGGCAAAAAGACUCCUGUGGGUCACUUUGUGAUUGGACCUGAUGUUGGUGGAGCUUACGGUGAACAAUGGAAGCAAGCUUUAGCGAAACCGGGGCAACAGAUAACAAAGUGGCAAGCAUUUGAAUAAAAAUAAGACACACGAGAAAUCGGUAACUUAUUCAACGAAAACUACAGCCGUUGAACGUACGACGUACUUUCCUGUUACAAUUAGAUAUCUAGAGACAGCGAAAAUGAGAUCACUAUACGCGCGUACGCCAUACAUAUUUACGACACCGAUCGAUAAGGCUAUUCCAAAGAAUAUCAUAGAAACGUAUACGAGUGCACACGUUUACGUGAAUCUUUCUUACUGCACACACAGAUGUCUACGAUCUACUGUUUGAUUUUAGGAAAAAAUUACGUGAUUUCAUAAAAGAAAAUUGGUUUUAAAUUAAUUUAGUUGUAAUUUUCGAUUGCAUAUAUUCUGUAUAUACAAAACUUUUGCCAACUUUAACCGUCCUUGAUUUUACGAAGGAAAGAACUCGAUCUUUCUAACCAUAAUCCGAUGUAAUGUAACCGUCCGUAAAGUAAGAACUAAGCAUAUACUAUAUGUGUAGUUAAAAUGGAUAAUUAUAACAAAUACAUAUCAUAUUUUAUUUUAUAAGCUCACGAGAAUAAGCUCGCCAUGUAACUUUAGUAUUAAGUGAUAUUUUGUUUCGACACACAGAUAACAUAAUUUUUGUAUGAAUUACAACUCAUAUAUACAGUCGCUUACAAAAGCGUAUCGUUUAUGAUCUUUAAUAAUGAUAAAUUUAACUAGUUUUCUAUGUACGUUAAAUGCUCAUUUUUAUUAUGAUACUAACUAGAAACGGAACAAGUAACGACUUGGUAUUUCAAGUUAAUAUUAGCAAAAAACUG